CCAAAGAGGAGAUCAGCAAGACUGUCUGCUAAACCAACUCCACCAAAGCCAGAGGCCAAGGCCAAAAAGGCACCAGCAAAGAAGGCUGCAGGUGAUAAAAAGGAGGAGAAGAAGGCACCAGCAAAAGGAAAAAAGGGAGCUAAACAUGAUGAAGGAAAAGAAGAAAACAACCCUGAAAAUGGAGAUUCAAAAACUAAUGAGGCUGCAGCUGAUGCAGAUGAAGAAGCCAAGUCUGAGUAACAUCGUCUCUGCCCUGUUAUUUCCAUCAUUUGGUCUUCAUACCUCCAUGCCAUAUUUAACAAGAGGAAUAUUUUUGUCAACUGUUUUAUAACUGCAGGUUUUUUAGCACAAAUUUAAUUACAUGAACACAGUCUUCGUUACCCAAGUGAAAACUCUAAAGACUCGUUAAAUUUUAUGAUGUGUAGUUUGUAUGGUAUUUGGAAAGAACUACUGGUGGUAGCUUUUUUGUCCUUUAUCCCUUUGUACAAGUUCCACUUAAGUAUUUUGAUUUACCCUUUCUUGUGCUGUAUGGCUCCAUAAAUUGGGGAGGUCUAAAACUAAGUUGAUACAUUCCAGUGGUGCUGUGGGUUGGAUUUGUAAACCAGGUAAAACAUUUUUCUUACAUCUCAUGAUAGACGUUUGAAUUUUUGCAAACUUACAUUUUAAUUUUCUAAUUUUAAUUCAUGAAAACAUGUUUUAGUAAAAAAAAAAUAAUAAUUUUAAAAUGCAAAAGGUUGUAAAUACCCACCUCUAGGAAUUUUACUGGAUUAUCUUAAUAAAAAAAGACUCCUCAGAAA